AUGUCAAAGCUACUCAAGUUCGAGGGUCACAAUUACUUACGGCAACGACUUAUUCUCGCCACACUCAGUGGAAAAGUGGUUCGCAUUGAUAAGAUCCGCUCGGACGAUCACGAUCCUGGUAUUCGCGACCACGAAGCCAACUUUUUACGAUUGCUUGAAAAGGUGACAAACGGCUCCACGAUCGAGAUCAACUAUACCGGUACCUCGGUGCUGUAUAAACCAGGAGCUAUUCAAGGUGGACGUAUUGAACAUGAUUGUGGCACAGACCGAUCCAUCAGCUAUUAUCUCGAACCUAUGAUUGCACUCGCCCCAUUUUCAAAAAAGCCAUUCAUGUUGAUAUUGAGAGGCAUCACAACAGACCAUAUCGAUAACUCGGUGGAUAUCAUUCGUACAGUCCUGCUACCACAAUUAAAACGAUUUGGGAUCGAGGAGCAUGUGGAAUUAAAGAUUACAAAACGUGGUGCACCACCUCUGGGAGGCGGUGAAAUCGUUUUCAACUGCUGUAGCGUACGACAACUGAAACCAGUUCAAUACAUUGACGAAGGAAGGAUCAAACGCAUUCGUGGUAUCGCUUAUUGUACACGUGUCUCGCCUCAAACGGCCAAUCGUAUGGUGGAAUCGGCUCGUUCCUUGUUGAAUCGAUACAUUCCCGAUGUUUAUAUCUAUACGGAUGUAUACAAAGGUGCCGAGAGUGGAAAAUCUCCUGGAUUUGCAUUGAGCUUAGUAGCCGAGUCGACGACAGGUGCAUUGAUUUCGGGUGAAAAGGCAGCAGAGGCAGGCAUGACAGCUGAAGAUGUGGGCUUGUUGGCAUCAAAGAUUCUUUUACGUGAAGUCAGCAAAGGUGGCUGUGUGGAUACAACAAGUCAAUGGCUCAACCUAUUAUUGAUGGUGCUAUGUCCCGAAGACGUGAGCAAGAUUCGCAUUGGUCAAUUGACUCCUUUUACCAUUCAAUACCUGCGAGAUCUCAAGGCAUUUUUCGGCGUAUCAUACAAGAUCAAGGUGGAUGAAGCAUCCAACACCACAUUGAUGACCUGCGUUGGUAUCGGUUACAUCAAUCAUAACAAAAAGACUAGUUAA